UGGGUUAAGGGGGUUUGGCGAAUUGGGCGGGUUGAGCUAGUUGGUCUACUCGGGGUCAGCAAAAAUAACAACUUAAUUUUUAAGUUUCUCCUCCCUUCGGGCCAAACACCAUUUCUUUCUCUCUUACAGUUUUUAUUCAUAGAACUCCUUUCAGAUCUGAGUAGUCUGAGAGCUAACAGAAGCUCUGUAUUUCUAACCUCCGAUCUAACUGCAACCUUGACUGAGGCAUUGUUCGAUUCUCAGCCUCUCAAAAUGGUGGUUCUUGCGGCUUCGAUUAUUAGUAAAUCUGGAAAAGCACUUGUUUCCAGGCAGUUUGUAGACAUGUCUCGCAUAAGGAUUGAAGGAUUACUUGCAGCUUUUCCCAAGUUAGUUGGUGUAGGAAAGCAGCAUACAUAUGUUGAGACAGAAAAUGUGCGAUAUGUCUACCAGCCAAUUGAAGCUCUAUACUUGCUUCUUGUAACCAACAAGCAAAGUAACAUUCUUGAAGAUCUGGAGACCCUAAGACUGCUCUCAAAAAUUGUCCCUGAAUACUCCCCCUCAUUAGAUGAAGAGGGGGUUUGCAAGUCAGCUUUUGAGUUGAUUUUCGCAUUUGACGAAGCCAUCUCCCUUGGGCACAAAGAAAGCGUAAGUGUGACACAGGUUAAGCAGUAUUGCGAGAUGGAAAGUCAUGAGGAGAAGCUACAUAAGCUGGUAAUGCAGAGCAAGAUCAACGAAACCAAGGACGUUAUGAAACGUAAAGCUAGUGAGAUUGACAAAAGCAAGAUCGACAAGAACAGAGGUGAUAAGGGAGGGUUUAUGUCGUCUAUGGGUUCAGGAAGAAUUGAGAAUAGCUUUAGUGAAAUGAGUUUAACUAGUGGUAGUGGUGGUGGUUUUGGAAGUGGUUCUGGGUUCGGAUUGACUACUGAAGGAGACACCUUUUCCAAUAAGCCUAAAGGUCGUCCAUCUGCAUCUGCCACUGCUCCUCCCAAGGGUCUUGGUAUGCAGCUAGGUAAAACUAAAAGGGCCAACCAGUUCCUGGAAUCUCUAAAAGCAGAAGGAGAAGUUAUACUUGAGGAUGUUCAACCUAGUGUUACUCAGUCUAGAACAUCUGCUUCAGCACCCACUAAUCCCAUCACGUUAACUGUUGAAGAGAAGCUUAAUGUGACACUGAAACGAGAUGGUGGGGUCAGUAACUUUGAUGUUCAGGGUACAUUGCUACUCCAAAUUCUUAAUCAAGAAGAUGCGCUUAUCCAAGUUCAGAUCGAAACUGGUGAUAAUUCAAGUGUGCUUUUCAAAACACAUCCUAAUAUCAACAAGGAGUUGUUUUCUAAUGAGAACAUUCUGGGGCUGAAAGAUCCUAACAGACCGUUCCCGACCAACCAAGGAGGUGAUACUGCAGGUGUUGGCCUUCUAAAAUGGAGAAUGCAAAGCAUGGAUGAAAGCAUUGUGCCGCUGACCAUAAACUGCUGGCCCUCUGUUUCCGGAAAUGAAACCUAUGUCAGCCUGGAAUAUGAGGCCUCGUCAAUGUUUGAUUUGAGAAAUGUUGUAAUUUCAGUACCUCUUCCUGCACUACGAGAGGCACCUAGUGUCAGGCAGGUUGAUGGAGAGUGGAGGUUCGACUCGAGAAGUUCAGUCUUGGAGUGGUCGAUACUUCUUAUUGAUAACUCCAACCGCAGUGGGUCGAUGGAAUUUGUCGUACCCCCAGUGGAUUCUUCAGUAUUCUUUCCCAUUUCCAUCAGAUUUGCGGCUGCAAGUACUUUCAGUGAGCUAAAGGUUCUCAAUAUCUUGCCGCUAAAGGGUGGCCCCGCUCCCAAGUUCGCCCAGAGAACACAACUGAUCACAGAGAACUAUCAAGUGGUUUAAGUUUUGCUCAGCUGGCCGUGUAGUUGUUGAAUAUUGCGUCUAAACAAGUCUUCUUCUUCUCUGUCUUUUUCCUUCCCUCAUUUUCCAUCUUACAAGUACUUGUAUUCAUUUUUGUUUCCUGUAUUUUUGUCUUCAGAUAUAUAUAUAUAUAUAUACCUACAACAUUGACAAUUUUCAGUAAUAUUAAGAAUAACAAAUACAUGAUUUUGAUUUAGCUUA